GCCGUUCUACAAAUUCUGCAUGGCCGUAGGGCCACAGUGGAGACGGAUGGCAAGUCUCGGAAGCGCAAGGGUGCUUUGGAUGAUGCCGACAAGGCCUUUCUACGUGGUCUCAUGCGAAGGCCUUUGUCUUCGAAGAUUGACAGCUACAAGGAGAAGGACAGAAGGAAUCGCAUCUCAAGCAUGAAGAAGGCUUAUCCUCCUGAUUUUGAACCUUUAGAGCAGUUGUCCUUGGACUGUCUUACUGGAGCAGGUGUGGCGGAAGCUAUGUCCACUCGAUUACUCUCAACUCCACAGGACACAGAGGAGAUGGAGCUCAACAGAUAUGUUUGUCGGUUGUGCGACUUUCAAUGUGCAGACAAGGAAGUCUUGCAAGAGCACAUCAAGGACGCUCAUUCGAAUGACACUGAGGUUCCCUCUUGGACUGUGCAACGCAGCUUGAUGGCCAAUGCGGAUGCAGCAUUGCGAGAGCCAGGACGGGAUGGAGCACUGCGUGAGGAACGGGCAUGUGUGGUUUGUGCUCGUAGAUUCUGGAGCGAAGAGUUGCGUCCAGUUAUUUUGUUCCAAGAUCCAGCUGCUGGAGCUCCAGAGACGGUGGACGGAGAAGAGGAAGAUCAGCGAGUGAAGAAGAUUGCACCUUCGCAACAACGUCGACUGUGUCGAGUUCUGGGCGUACAGCGCUACCUGGAGCGUUGGCCACAGCUACAGGCCCGUCCAGAGGCCAUUGCAGAGCUGAAGGCAUCGGCGGUCGAGCAUCCAUUCUUGAAGGAGGAGCUGCUCCUUUUACAUCGACGCCGAAUGCCAGCUGAUGUCAGGGACCCAUGCGACGUUUGCCGAGAAUGCUGUGGUCCCUUGACAUCAAGCAUGGUGAGCCUUCCUCGGUACAGCUUAGCCAAUGAUUUGUGGAUCGGUCGACAACUUCCAGCUUUGAGAAACUUGGCAGCGGCCACCAAACGUUUGUUACCAAUGGUGCGCACCUGUCUGCAAGUCACUGUUCUGCAGCCCGGUAACCUCGUUCGAGAGGAACGGCAGAAGGGCUUCAUCGGCAACAGCAUCUUUUUGCCGCAGGCUGCGCCCACAGCCAUUCGAGCUGUCCUUCCGCCGCCAGAACAGGACACGCAGGAGUCCAUUCUCUUUGUUUUGGUCGGCGAUGGACAGAACAAAACAGCCCUUCAAAGCAGUGCAUUGUUGAAGGCCCCUCGUGGCGAGUACGAAUCUGCAGUUCGAUGUCUUCAAAGCACUUCGCCGUACUACGAAGAAGUCACGCUUCGGGACGCUGGUGAGUCUACGUUGCAGGGUUGCAUUUUGGAAACCGGUGUCAACAGCUACUUAGCCAAACAGUUGCUUCAACAGGGCCCGGCUGAUGCACAAGGACAAGAGGAUGAUGAUACCGAAGAAAAUCAGGAAGCGGAACCAAUGGAAGAUGCAGGUGGAAUGUUUUUUUUACAGUUUGGUCGUGUAGUUUAG